CGGUCGGCGCCGGAAGCGUCGCGCAGUCUUAUAGUCCCUCAUGGCGGCCGUAGGGACUUGGGCGCGGCGCGGCGGUGACUGAGCUGCGAGCCUGGCGGGCGUGCACCGAGCCACGUGCCCCCCACCCCCGGGCUCUUCACCCUGAUGCUGCACGGGUGCUGAGCCCGUCCGGGUCGGGACGAUGGUGAAGUAUUUCCUGGGCCAGAGCGUGCUCCGAAGUUCCUGGGACCAAGUGUUCGCUGCCUUCUGGCAACGGUACCCGAAUCCCUAUAGCAAACAUGUCUUAACGGAAGACAUAGUACACCGGGAGGUGACCCCUGACCAGAAGCUUCUGUCUCGGAGACUCCUGACCAAGACCAACAGGAUGCCACGUUGGGCAGAGCGACUUUUUCCUGCCAACGUUGCUCACUCGGUGUACAUCCUGGAGGACUCGAUUGUGGACCCACAGAACCAGACCAUGACCACCUUCACCUGGAACAUCAACCACGCCCGGCUGAUGGUGGUGGAGGAACGAUGUGUUUACUGUGUGAACUCUGACAACAGCGGCUGGACCGAAAUCCGUCGGGAAGCCUGGGUCUCCUCCAGCUUAUUUGGUGUCUCUCGAGCUGUCCAGGAAUUUGGCCUUGCCCGGUUCAAAAGCAAUGUGACCAAGACGAUGAAGGGCUUUGAGUACAUCUUGGCCAAGCUACAAGGUACCGAAUGGGUCUUCCAGGCAUCAUCUGAAGCCAGCCUCCUGUUGUUUGCCGCAGGGGAGGCUCCUUCCAGAACACUCGUUGAGACAGCCAAAGAGGCCAAAGAAAAAGCAAAGGAGACGGCACUGGCAGCUACAGAGAAGGCCAAGGACCUGGCCAACAAGGCCGCCACCAAGCAGCAGCAGCAGCUCGUGUAGCUGCUCCCUUCCUCUCCCUUCUCACUGUACUUGAUUAUUAAAGAUGCGCCUCCAGCCCUCUCUGCUGUCUGGGUGGUGGGUUCAGGUGGUGUCCUGGUCCGCAUCUGCAGUACACCCGGCUCAGCGUCUACUGAGCCCAGCCUCCUUUUACCCCAUUGGGCAGAGAGGUGCAGUGACUUGCCCAGGGUCACAAGCAGUACAUAGGUGGAGCAGCGACACACGAUAGACUGUGCGCUCCACGAGGGCAGGGCUCCUUGUUUUAUUCUCUGAUGUGUCCCAAGUACCCUGAACAAUAUUUAGCACAUAACAGGCACUCAAUAAACACGUGAAUUGCUUGGCCCA